UUUCUUUUAGCUUUCUCCUCACGCCAUCAAUGGAGAAUGGAGAGAGCGGUGCUUUUUCGCUCUACAAUUUUUCCACGCUCUUCACACUGACGGAGUUUCACCGCCAGCCCUCAAUCACUUCUGAAGUUUCUUGGUGCUUGCUGACAAAUUCUGGUUCAAGUAAGUGUCGGACGAGUUUAUUGAUGAGUGUCAAUCAAAAACUGUUUGUAUAAACACAAGAAAACAGGCGCUGAAGUAAUGUCAAUAUCCAAUGACGAUGAGAACAAAGUUUUUGGUGUCGUCCUCCCAAAGAUUCUACUGGAAUUCCUCACAUAUUGGAACAUAGUGAACUGUGCGGUUCAAGAAAGUAUCCCCUGUUGAAGGGAAGCCUGAACACUUUUCUGAAUGCUUUCACUUAUCUGGAUAGGACUUGUUAUCUGCGGCAUCCAUAAUUACAAAAGGAUUUCUACAAACUUGUUGAUGUGUACUUAAAUGCUGUCUUUUCCCCUAAAUAUGUGGAGGAUUUCCAACCAUAUCAACAAGAGUGUUAGCAUUAUGAACUGAAUGACCCUUCGGCCUUCAGAUGACAUAACUUUUUAAGGUCUUCCCAGUUGCAAUUUCAUGUGGCAAUACAUUCAUUCUAAACCCAUCUGAGAAAGCUCCAAGUAAUUGGUUAUUUUGGGUGAAAAUUUAAGGUGAAUAGUUCUGAAAGAGGACAUUGUCAAUGCCAUCUGUGAUGAUGACGAUAUUGAAGCUGUGUCUUUUGUUGGUUCUGAUGCUGCUCAACUGUAUAUGCGUGGCAGACCAUUUGCGAACAACAGUAAAGGUGCUAAGGCCAACAUGGGAACCAAGAAUUAUGCUGUUGUCAUGCCUUAUACAAAUGUUGAAGCUACUUUGAAUGUUCUAGUUGCUGCUGGUUUUGGUGUUGCAGGGGAACGGUGCACAACAAUUAGCACUGGUCUUUGUUGGAGGCUCAAAAUCACGGUCAAGGAACGGAUAUCCAAGUUAAUCCAAGCAAUUGUUGAUAGUGGAGCCAAACUAGUUCUUGAUGGGAGACAAGUUGCGGUUUCCAAAUAUGAGUUGGGCAACUUCAUUGGUCCCACAAUAUUAUCUGAUAUCAAAGAAGACAUUGAAUGUUCCAAGGAGGAACUACUAGGUCCUGUUCUUCUUUGUAUGCAGGUUUGUCCUAUGUUUCUAAGGUUCCUGUUCUUUGGUGCAUUUUCCUGGUCGUUUUAAGUGCGGGCUAAUAGCAUAGAUGAGGCCAUUAACUUUGUGAACCAAA